CGAUUCGUUUCGUUAAUCAAACAAAAAGGAAAACCCAUCAGAGUUUUUUCUCACCUUUGUCUCUGUCAAUCGGAAAAGCUAUGUUCAUGUCAUCCGCCGUUGAAUCUCUAACGUUGGAUUCCGGUCCAAUCAUCCCUAAUGUACCUUUAGUUAGCUUCCUGGAACAACUACAGGAAACUGCUCUCAAAACAUUCGGGUCAAAAGAUUUCGACCCGAAACUCUACGUGGAUCUUUCCCUGAAAUUCGAUUUAUCGGAUACUCAAUCCGCCUUUGAUAAGUUGUCACAGAACGGGUCGGUAUCCGCUCAGGAUCUCAAUGGGUUCAUCCAAAGAUACUUGAACACGGCGGAGGCGGAUUUAGAAACCGUUUCUCCGGUGGAUUUUUUGGCGAACCCAGAUGGGUUUUUGCCAAUGGUGGAGAAUAAGCAAGUUAUGGAAUGGGGUUUAAAGAUUCAUGGACUGUGGAAGCAUUUAAGCAGGAAAGUUUCAGAUGAUGUCCUCAGGAAACCCCAACUGCAUACUCUACUGCCGUUGCCCGGUCAUCUUGUUAUUCCGGGCUCCAGGUUUAGGGAAAUUUAUUACUGGGAUUCUUAUUGGGUUAUUAGGGGAUUACUAGCAAGUAAGAUGUAUGAAACGGCUAAGGGGAUUGUGAUGAAUCUGAUUUCACUUUUAGAGACAUAUGGACAUGUUCUUAAUGGAACAAGGGUAUAUUACACAAAUAGAAGCCAACCGCCACUUCUGAGUUCCAUGGUAUAUGAUGUAUACAUAAGAACAAACGACAAGGAAUUUCUCAAGAAGGCUCUUCCAGCCUUAAUAAAAGAACAUAAUUUCUGGAAUUCAGGAAUACAUGUUGUGACAGUUGAAGAUGAAAAAGGUUGCAGCCAUACACUAAGUAGGUAUUAUGCAAUGUGGAAUGAACCAAGGCCAGAAUCCUCAACCAUUGACCGAGAAACAGCUUCCAAGCUGUCUAGUGUCUCUGAGAAACGUCUUCUCUAUCGUGAAAUAGCUUCUACAGCUGAAACUGGAUGGGACUUCAGCUCAAGAUGGAUGAGAGAUGAAAGUGAUCUCACAACACUGGCAACAACAUCUAUUUUACCUGUGGAUUUGAAUGCUUUCAUUCUCAAGAUGGAACUUGACAUAUCAGUUUUGGCGAAAGAAAAUGGAGAUCGCGAAACAUCUUUACAGUAUUUGAAAGCUUCUCAAGUGAGAAAACUGGCAAUGAACUCCAUCUUCUGGAAUGAAGAGAAGGGACAAUGGUUUGAUUACUGGCUCGAUGGAAAAUCUUCACUCCAGGGUUACAAAUGGAAAUCUUCGCAACAGAAUAUGAAGGCAUUUGCUUCUAACUUCAUUCCUUUGUGGAUUGAGCCUUUUCACUCAGAUGCUGCUAUGGCAGCGAAAGUAAUAAAAAGUCUUAAAGAUUCUGGCCUUGUAUGUGCAUCGGGAAUUGCUACUACUUUAACCAAUUCUGGACAACAAUGGGACUUUCCAAAUGGAUGGGCACCUCUUCAACACAUGAUUGUGGAAGGCCUGCUAAAGAUGGGAACAAAAGAGGCAAUGUCCUUAGCACAAGACAUUGCCCAUGGUUGGCUAAAAACCAACUAUGUCACUUUCAAGAAUACCGGCGUGAUGCAUGAGAAAUACAAUGUGGAAACAUGCGGGGAAUCUGGAGGUGGUGGCGAGUACAAUCCUCAGACCGGUUUUGGCUGGUCAAACGGAGUUGUAUUGUCGUUCUUGGAGGAGUUGGGAUGGCCAAAAGACUUGAAGAUAUGAUGUUGACGAUGCAAUCUUUUCUUUUUGUUUGAAAUUAAAUUGUGAUAUUUUGUUCUCAUGUAAUCAAUCCUGGAUUUCACCCAUUGUUUGUUUA